AUGGGAUGCUCACCAUCUAAAGGUAACAAUUUUGUCACUCUGGGCUCUUUGAGGCGGGGAAGAAUGCUCCCCGCUGCACCUAAUGAACAGCCCAGAGAAGCUCCUUUCAAAAACGGAGACGAUCACAAGUGUCCUGGCGUUGCCGAUGGCAAUACUAAAGACAAAAACAAGACGAGCGGACCAAAAGUAUUUCAAAGUGAUGGAAAUACGCCAGCGAGAGAAGAUCCACACGCAACUGUGCCUGCCCCAGAGGUCAUCAACACGGAUACAUUCAAGAAUCGACGAACGGACGGCAACACUGUGAUGCAGAAAAAAGACAAAAAUAGGGACAAGCAGGAAGAACCGGAGAAAAAGUCGGGGAAAAAAACAAGAAGAUGUUCCAGAGGUUUAAAAGUGCUUAAAAAGAAAGAAAAGGAAAUGGCAAAAAUUGAUUUCCCAGAGCCUCUGGUAAAAGCUCACCAAGCUGCAUAUGCCUUUUUAAAUCCCAGCAUCAACAAAUAUGAUUUUGUACUUGGUCUACUGGAACAAGCGACUCAAACGCAAACCUAUCUGCAGCCGAUGGUUUCUUUUAUGGCUUUGCGUUUUGAAGAAAUCGUUCGAGCGCUGGAAGAAAUUGUGGAUGAAGGUGAAAAGAUGCUGAAAGAAAACGGAGAACACCUUUCUUGGCCAAAUCCGACAAGAAAACUCUCAUCUGCUGUACCUUCAAAAUCUGCCCCAGCUAUUGAACAACCACCUGAUUUGUUGCAGCAGCUGCUUCAGUACACCACGCAAAGAAUGCAGAACGUGAGUCAGACAGUUGGAGGAAUCGGGGACUCGGCCCUGGAGGAUGCUGUGGAGUACUUUUCUUCAAUCUCCGAACUUUUAGAGGAGAAGCUGAAAGUCAAACGUGGAAUUGAGACUAGGAUAAUGCAACUGGCAUCUCGCAUUGAACUGGCAUCGCUUCGCAGGCUUGGGCCUGAGGACUCUGCUCUCUUUAGUGAGGACAGUGGGAUCGGGGCUGAGAGUGAAUCCCUCGCUGGAUCAGAAAAGCACCAACGGCGUGUUAGUUGUGAAUCGAGCGGAACAAAUACAACUACUCCCUUCAGUCCUGUGGAUUCUACCUCCAUGACUGGCGUGCCGGUGAACAACCGUGCACAUCAACAAAGUCCAAGUGGUUCCCUUCAUUCUUUAAACUCGUUAGCGUCGAUGUGCACAAUGAUGGCCAAUGUACAGGGGGACUCAUUACUCGGAUCCGUCUCUUUAGAUGAUGCUGAGGAAGAUGACGAUGAUGAAAUGGAUAGUAGAAAGGGACAACAAUCCAAUUCAUCACUUGAGCAACAGAAGCCACGGCGGUUGCCCACCAAGCGCAUAGAAAAUUCCAAAAAUGUCGAAAUGACGAUCAAAAUGAAAAAUGCCAUAAGUGGCAAAAUACACUUUGCUCACCCACCAAGUGCUGGUACAAAACCCAAAGUUGUUGGUAGCCCAAAAAGAGGUAGAAGUCAGAGGACAGGGGAAAAGGGACCAUUGCUGAAGAGAUCUCAAACAACUGCUCGAAGGAAUAAUGCGGUCAAAACAACCGCACUGGCUCAGGAGAGGCGUUCCCGUUCUGCAGAAUCCUUGCGGGGCAAAGAUGAGGAUCCUACUUUGCUUGAACUGGGAAGGUCCCAGAAGAAAAUUGGCCAAAGAUUGCAGAAAAUCAACAAAAGCAAGGAAACCACAAAGGGAAACCGAACGACUUUGUCAUCGACGCAAAACCAGAGAACCUCACCGUCUGAUUCUCCCAAAAUCAACCAAAGAAGCCCAUCUUUGGAGAAGGAAGGCAAUCUACGUGAACGAGGGAAGUGCAUUACCAAAAGCACCAGAGAAACUAGCAAUGCAGAGCAAAACGACAGAUCAACAAGCCUUGUUGAAGCAACACCACCUCCUAGCCCCCCUACGUCCCCAAGACCACUUUCAGGUCUAUAUAGAGGCAGAAAUUCAGUCAGAAAACUCAUAGAUACCUUCAGCCAAGGGAUCGAAGAAAUGGACAGUCCUAAAGUCCUCGGGCCACUUCGGGGUGUACGAAAGUGUGGUGUCCCAGUGUUACCCGGUUUAGGGAGUCCCUCAGCUUUCCUUAGCACUGGCCAAACAAGGUCUCGGAGCACUCCGUGUGAAAAGACUGAGCAUUUAGACCUGGAUAAUCUUCCUCCACCCCCGUUGGAAGUAUUAAUGGACAAUUCAUUUGAAAGAGCCUCGGAAGGGGCAAUCAAAUCUGCAAAAUCCCCGACAGUCAAAGGGGCUGCUUUGUCACAGCGACUACGGGCGUCAGUUAUCUCUGGACCCGUCUUACCUAGCAAAGGAGGUGUGCCUCAUUGUUCCAAGAGAAUAUUUCCUGUCGGCUUGGAUCAUCAAGUCAGUGCGACCCAGACCGAUGUCAGUCAACCGGACGCUAAAACAGAUCUGAACAAUUUAAAAGACAAAAAGUCUUCUUUGUUGCAGCAAGUCCGAAGAAACAGGUACAGAAGACAUUCCUCAGAUUCUUUUUCAAAUGAUGAAGCAAUAUCGCAAUCUGUUAGUCAAGAGUACUCAAGAAGUAUGGAGGAGAAUGACCGAAUGCCUGGAGGUACUUCAGUCUCUCAAGUGCCUCCUUCAUCUGAAGCUUGUAGCCAUCCACACUUGCUGUCUAAGGGGCGGAUUUUGCCAUCCACACCUUCUUCUUCGUCAAAUUCUUGCCAUAGACGACUUCCGAGUCCCCGCAACCUUAAAAAGUCCCCGACGCCCCCGUCUUCAGCUAGUCCCCCAGUUAACAGGGAACUCACUACUCCAUCAGAAAGUCCAAGGAGCUUCCCCAGGCCAGCAGCGUCAAAGCACAACCUUUUAAACUCUUCAUACCCUUUCAAAGCACCAUCUCCACCUGCUUCACCAAAAGUGCAACGAUGGUCUCGAGAGAACAGCACGGAGGAAUCUUCUCGAUUGACCAGUAACGCCCGUUCUGUUUUCUGUCCGAUUUCUCCAUCAUUGUUUGAAGCCCAGCCACGUAUAGCUUCAAAACUAUCGCAAGCCUGGACCUCUGUCGGAGGCUCUUUUCUCUCAAAUAUUGUUGGUAAACGUGGCAGAUGUUCCGUGUCGGUCCAAGGACCUCAACCUUUUAUUCGCCGAAGUCUUUCAGAAAGAAGACCAAGUUUGAACUUUCCACCUCAAUCACCAGUCUUCUCAGUGGCUGAGACGUGUGGAAGUGAGCCUGCAAUUUGCACACAGGGACUCCAUGAUGAAGCAGCCAGAAAAGAGGAAUCAUGGGGUAGCCAAUGGGACCUCAGAGCAACUCUCCGUUCUGCAUCUCACCCAGAUCUUUAUGUUGUUGGCCAGGCCUUGUGCAGAGACUAA